AUGAAAAUUGCAAUCAUUACAUAUUCGACAUAUGGCCAUAUUACAAAUUUGGCAAAAGCUGUUCAAUCGGGUAUUGAAUCCAUGGGAGGUCAUGCAGAUAUAUUUAGAGUGGAGGAAACUUUAACUCAAGUUGUGCUUGAUAAAAUGAGUGCGCCUCCAAAACCUUCAGAUAUCCCAGUGGCAACAAAGGAUACAUUGAUAGAAUAUGAUGCCUUUUUGUUCGGGAUACCAACGAGAUUCGGAAAUUUACCAGCUCAAUGGUGUGCAUUUUGGGAUAAGACUGGUAGCAUUUGGGUGAAGGGACAAUUAGAUGGGAAAAUUGCUGGGCUCUUCGUUAGUACUGCGAGUUAUGGUGGUGGACAAGAAGUUACCAUUAAGACUUGUUUGAAUUAUUUGGCACAUCAUGGUAUUAUCUAUGUCCCCUUGGGUUAUAAGAAUGUAUUUGGGAAUUUGUCAAAUAUUGAUGAAAUUCAUGGAGGCUCGCCUUGGGGAGCUGGCACUUUGGCAGGUUCAGAUGGUUCAAGAACUGCCUCAGAAUUAGAAUUGAAAGUAGCUGCUAUACAAGGUCAAACUUUUUAUGGAAUUGCUUCUAAAUAUUAUGGUACUACUGGGAAAACAUCUAAUAGGGACAAAGAAAAGGGAACAAUGGCAACUGGAACCGCAGGUACUACUGGCGCCACAGAGGCAGCGGUUGGUGCUGGAGGGAGGUCCGGUGAUGAUAGCAUUGGUACCAAAAGAACAACUGGAAAGCAGGUAACAGGUGCCACAGGAACAGAAGCAACUACUGGAACAGCUGGAGCAAAAGAAACUAAAACUGGUACUACACCUGUAAGACGUCGACGCUCUUCAAUCGGUACUGCUGUUAGUUCAGCAGGUUAUGCAGGUGCUGGUGCGAGUAUUCCAGUAGCCAUUUUAGGUGAAGAAGAAAAACCUGCAGGUAGGAAUAUAAGACCUUCUAAAGCCACUAAAGAACAGGAGAAGAGAAAAUCUGUGUUUGCAGAAUGUUGUUCUAUCAUGUAG